AUGAGGGAAGAUGUUCUACAACGAAAAUUGAUCGCAGAUGGGGAAGGGACAGCUGAAGAAAAGCGUUAUCAUGUUCUCUUGGGCCAUAUUCGUUCGCUUAUAGAAAAACCAUGUCCUGAAGAAGCUUCUAAAGCUCUACGACAGAUUGAAGUAGUAGAGUUCUCAUUGAGGAAACAAAAUUUAAUAGCAGAAUGUUGUGCUCUGCAAAAACAAGAAUACUCUGAGCUGAUCGAUAACAUAGAGAAAGAGAUUCUUGCAAGCAAAGAUAAAAUGGCUGAUGCCAAGAAAGAGCUUAAUGCGGCUAGAUUAGUCAGAAGGAACCGUCAAGAAUAUGCUCAGAUUGUGAAGCAGAUUGAAGAGUUACCCUCCAGAGAUGAGUCCGCAAGGAAACUGGAGGAGAUACAAGAAGAACUAACUCAACAACAUGAGCGUCAAAGGCUACUAGAAUCCAAGCUUAAUGAAAGAAGAGUUCAGUUACAAGCCUUCAACGGAAUUUUAGCCACAUUCCAGCAGUUCCUCGAUAACGAUGAAGGAUUGAGUACUUCGGAACAUGAUGAAGAAGAGAAGGACUCGAAGAAAGAUGAGAACAUGGAGACUGAAAUAGCUGAAUGA